AUGGCUACGACCGACGAGGACAAGCACUCCAAGAUGGAGAUGCCUGGCUCGCCUCCGAGCCUCGACGGCGAGAUCCACAUGGGCGACAAUGCCGACGGCCUGCAGCGUCGUCUGAAUAACCGCCAGAUCCAGCUCAUCGCCAUUGGCGGCUCUAUCGGUACCGCCCUCUUCGUCAGCAUCGGCGCCGGCCUCGCCAAGGGCGGUCCCGCCAGUCUCCUCAUCGCCUUCACCCUCUAUCCCAUGGUGCUCGGUCUCGUCAACAAUUCUAUUGCCGAGAUGACGGUCCUCUACCCCGUCUCGGGUGGCUUCAUCCGUCUCGCCGGCCACUUUGUCGACGAUGCCCUCGGCUUCAUGAUUGGCUGGAAUUUCUUCAUCUACGAAGCUCUGCUGAUUCCCUUUGAGAUUACCGCCCUCAAUCUCGUUAUUGGCUUCUGGGAUAGCCGCAUCAAGGAACCAGGCCCUACCGCUGGAAUUUGCGCCGCCGUCAUCGUCUGCUAUGCUGCCCUCAAUAUUCUUGCUGUUCGCGGCUAUGGUGAAGCUGAAUUUUGGCUCUCUGGCGGCAAGGUCAUUCUGCUCUUCAUUCUCUUCUUUUUCACCUUCGUCACAAUGGUUGGCGGCAACCCCCAACACGACGCCUACGGCUUCACCCACUGGAAGCACAUUGCUUUCCAGCAAUACAUCUCCACAGGCGCCAAAGGUCGCUUCGAAGGCUUCCUCGGCGCUCUCUGGAGUGCCAGUUUCGCCGUUGUCGGUCCCGAGUACAUAUCCAUGGUCGCUGCCGAGGCCAAGCGCCCCCGAAUCUACAUCAAGACGGCCUUCAAGACCAUCUACUGGCGCUUUGGUCUCUUCUUCUUUGGCAGUGCUCUCGCUGUCGGCAUUGUCCUCGCCUGUGACAACCCCGUCCUCGUCAAUGUCCAGCUCGGCGACGGUGGCAGCUCCGAUGCCGGCGCCUCGCCCUAUGUCAUUGCCAUGGAAGUCAUGGGCAUCAAGGUCCUCCCUCACAUUGUCAACGCCCUCUUGCUCACCUCCAUCUUCUCCGCCGGCAACACCUACACCUACUGUGCAACUCGCUCCCUCUACGGUCUCGCCCUUGAAGGACGUGCGCCCGCCUUUUUGCGCAAGUGCAACAGCCGUGGUGUGCCCAUCUACUGCUUCCUCGUCGUCAUGUGCUUCCCCUUUCUCUCCUUCCUCCAAGUCGGAAGCGGAUCCGCCGUCGUCGUCACCUGGUUCGUCGACCUCAUCACCGCCGGUGGCAUCAUUGACUACAUUGGCAUGUCCAUUACCUUUAUCUUUUACUACCGUGCUUGCCAGGCACAGGGCCUCGAUCGUCGUAGUCUACCCUACUAUGGUCGCUUCCAGCCCUACGGUGCCUACAUUGCUCUCGUCAUUCAGUGCCUCAUCACCUUUUUCUACGGCUACACGGCCUUUGCCCACCCCAUCACUGCCGAAAAAUUCUUCAAAAACUACACCAUGCAGUGCCUCGCCCCCAUUCUCUUCUUUGGCUGGAAGUUCCUCAAGGGCACCAAGCUCAAGAAGCCUCACGAGGUUGAUCUCGUGUGGGAGCGCGCCACCAUUGAUGCCUACGAGAGCCGCUUCACCGACCCUCCUGUCGGUUUUUGGACUGAAAUGCUGGCUCUCUCUGGCUAUAAGAAGAGCAAGGUUCGACAGAUUGAGGGGUAA